CCUCCUCCGUUCCGCAGUAAAAUCCGUCCGUCGCUCUGUGCGCUUAGUGGAAAAAAAGUGACUCAAAACGGUGUUCCGUGUGUUUGUGCAGCCGCAGCAGCAGUCAGCAGUGAGUGGCCCGUGCCCAGUUGUGUGGCGCAGUUUGUGGUGUGUUAUAAAAUUGAGCAGACGAAAAAAGAGACUUUUUAUUUUCCUUUCGCGAAAUCAUCCGGAAGUGCUGGAAUAUCGGUCGUCGCGACGGGAGGGAACCAAGAUGUGACCGGAUUGCGAGACGAUUCGAACGGAUUUAGUGGGGGUGGGCUCAAGCUGGGAGGAGAAAAAAAAGAUGACUUUGUUUUUGUUCGAGAAGGAAAACACAAUGGCGACGAGCAAAUUACGUUGCUGCUGGUGAUGAUAAUGGAUUUUGCUGUGGCUCUGGAAGUGAUCGCGAAGUGUACGCUGGAACAGGCACGUCUCCAGCUGAGGAAGGAUUAACAACGACGUAAGGGAAUCAGUGCAGGGGGGGGCGAACAGGCCAAUUGGCCACAGUGAACCAGUUGGUGACUUUUUGUUUUUGUUGGGGCUUCACUAAUUAAAUUGGAUUUUGAAUCAAGAAAAACUCCGAGAAUUAAUUUCUAGUGCACAUCAAAACAGCAAUUUUACUGGAUCGCGAUAAUUUGUUAAGGUUUCCAAAAACAAGACCAAAAAUAAAACCCCCGGUGUGACGGUGUACCAUGCUAGCAGGUCAUAAACUACCGUCCAUGGCCAUCGGCAACCGUUGCUGUCGCAGUCGUCGUCCUCACCACCUCACCCAACAUCACCGCCACCAGCACAGCCGGCGAAUAGAGUCGAGUUCUUCGCUGCUGCACCUCGCCGUCGUCCUAUCAGCUGAGUAUGAUAAGCGAUGAGCGCGAGAGUGAGUGGAUUAUUCGCAAAGUGAGGAAAACGAAUCGAAAUCUAACGAGUGCGGCGACAUGAAGUGAACUGAAGAACUUGGAACUGAUCGACCUGCGCGCUAAGAAAUCUUGUUCUUGAUUUCAGUGUAACCUUUUUUGCUUUUGAUUGUGGGAAGCAAAAUUUAGAGAUUCUUUUUUGUUGGUGAAUUGUGUCAUAAAAGAGCCCAGGAUGGACUCGUCCGUGGCGGUUGGCCGAGUGGCCAACCUCCGUUUCGCCACCCUGCUGCUUACGAUCUGCCUGCUCAAGUGUGCGGUCGCCGACAUUCUCGUGUACCAGCAGGACCAGCUCCUGGAAGAGUUUCGCGACUUCCCGGCUACGUUCGGAAGCGAAAUCCCGGAGAGCGGUCUGAAGGUGCGCGCCGUCCGAUCCAACCCUACCGACGGUUGCACGGAGCUGGAUCCCCCACCGGAGAACGUCACGCUGUCGCGGUUUGCCGUGAUCAUCGCGAGAUACAACUGUUCGUUCGAGGAUAAGAUCCGCAACGCGCAGAAGGCCGGCUACGCCGCGGUCAUCGUUCACAACGUUGGUAGCAACGAUUUGGAACGCAUGUCGGCGAACCACGCCGAGGACAUCCUCAUCCCGUCCGUCUUCAUCGGCGAGAGCAACGGCAUCUACAUCAUCGAAAGCUUCCUGUACCCGCUGCCGUACGCGCUCAUCAUCACGGACGAUAUUCCGUUCAACAUCAACAACAAUCUGAUCAUCCCGUUCGCGAUCGUCGUGGGGCUUUGCUUUAUCAUAAUGGCGGUACAGAUUUGCUUCAUGAUCAUCCGGUGUAUACGGGAGCGGCGCCGUCAGCUGCGCCACCGGCUGCCCAACAGCGUCCUGCGCAAGAUCCCGAUCGUCAAGUUUGCCAAGGGCAUGCAGUACGAUACGUGCGCCAUUUGUUUGGACGAUUACGUGGACAACGAGCGGCUACGGGUGCUGCCGUGUCAUCAUGCCUACCACGUCAAGUGCAUCGACCCGUGGCUCACCAAGAACCGGCGCGUCUGUCCCAUCUGCAAGCGCAAGGUUUUUGCCCGUGGAGAGCGUAGACCGCCACGCCGCCGCUCCUCCACGGACAGCAUGUCCUCGUCGGACGCGGAUGAAAACACACCGCUACUGAACAAUGGCGCCAACGGCGCCGCAGCCACCGCCACUGAUGGAAGCAAUCCGGCAGCUGCUCCAGCUGCUGCUGGCGCGGAGAAUGCCGCCUCGGAUGCGCACGUCGCAGUCAGCAUGACCUCGGACGACGACGAACUGCUGGACGAUUCCAGUACGGGGCAGGAGGCGGUGUCUGGGACGUCGCGCGAGGCUGCUGGUGGAGGUCGCCAGUGGAGCUUCAAUCCGUUUGACCGGUUGGUACAGUCGGGGCAGUCGGGGCGCCGGGAUGUUGAAGAGGGUGGCAACGCCGACUCCCCGUACAGUCCGAUCGGGGAAGAGCACGGCGCGACCGGCAGCACCUGGAAUCGCUUCCUGAGGAAAAUGCGCUUCUUCCGUACCGCCCACGAGGAUCAGGAGCUUCCAUCGGACGAUGACGUCGAGCCGGCGAUCGGCGAAGCCGCUCGCGAUCCGGUGUCCGGACGGAUUGCCAUCAACAGUGGAACGGCCAGUAACAACAUCCUGAACAGCCAGCUGGCCGGUUCGUUCCACGGCGAGGACACGACCGACGACGAGAUGGUCGGCGCCAGCAUCCGGGACGCGGCCAAACGGCGCCAGAUCCGUUCGGCACCGAAUCUCCCCUCGACGAGCGGACUGGCGGCGGGCGGUUCCGGCGGAAGUCGCGUUGGCGUGGCCGCACUUCCAAACGUCAACUUCAACCCGGGGCAGGCGCCCAGUCCGGGAGGCAGCAGCGGGAGAAGGUCGAACCGCUCGGGCGGUGGCAACUAUCCGGUGUAAAUAGAGAGAGAGAGAGAGCGAGAGUUCGAACAAGGGGUAAGUCCAUCGAAUGCAGCAGCAUAAUUAUAUACAUACAUAUUCGUCAUCGGUUUUUAUUUAGUGGAAAUCAAAGGAUAAACUAUUGAUAAUAAGCCGCGACAUGCAGUGAUAACCGAGUAAAUUUAAAAGAAAUAGAUCAUGGAAUAAACCUUCCAUUUCAACCCAAAAUUUGGAACCCACAAAGAUAGUGGGAGCACCUUUAAUUUAAACUUUCUUAUUUUACCCGUGAAAUUUCAAACAAACAAAAAACAGGCCAAUACCAGAACAAACACACUGGCAUAAGCGAAAACCCUGAAUGUGAUUGGAUUUUUUUUAUAUAGAAAGUCAUUUAUUUUUAUACAUAUACUACUAUUACGAUUACGGAACAGAAUUUUGUUUUAUCAUAAACAGUAAUUAGUGAUCCACAGGUUAAACCUUAGUUGUCGUAAGGUGAGAUACACAUCUAAAUAGGUAUUUAAGUCACACCCGCGUUAAAGGAAUAAAGGCUCGUCCGCGAACGGUCACGUUAGUUUGCAAGAAAAAAACCCAAAUAUUUGCUAUUAAUCACACAACCACCCUUCUAGUUAACCGUUUUAAAUGUACUAUUUUUUUGUUUAUUCAAAUGCAAUUCCCUUAAUAGUUCUGUUCGAAUUCAAAGCAUUGUGUAGCCUCUAGAAGUAAACAAAAAAAAACAUACAAUAACGCGUAAAAGCUGUACCAUAAUUAGCCAUGUGAUUGUGAAAAAAAAAAACAACAUAUAAAAAGUCGCAACCUGAAGCUAUCCAAAAAGCUAACAAUUAACCUUUAAACGAAACAGAAGAAAAAGUAGCAAAAACACACACACGAACUACUGCCAGCUGCAAGCGUGUUACUGCAAGUGCUUGUUGUAGGAGUGGCAUGUUUUCUUCGUUUAUAAUUUUGGUAUUUGACAAAGCAUUACAACGUUUGCGCACCACGGCGAGCAAAGUAGUGGAAAAAAAGGAACACACAACAGUGAAGUGAAUAAAGUUGAAAAUUGACUGAAUAGUA